AUGGUCGGUGGUCAAACAGAUCCACGAUUCUCAACAGGGUUAAGGUUCUUUUUGUCGGUUGGCUUGGCAGAAAUGAACAAUGAGGAUGAAUUCCGAGAGAUGAAGCUUAGAGAAUUCCUUAAAAUUGAAACAAUUGGUGAAGGAGCAUUCGGUAAAGUUUAUCUUGUAAAAAGUGAUCGAAAUCGGAAAACUUAUGCCUUAAAGGCCAUUAAUAAACGACUCAUUCUGAAUAAAAAACAACAAGCACAUGUGAUAUCAGAACGAAAUAUUCAAAUGUCUUGCGAUUGCAAUUUUAUUGUUAGGUUACAUCGAACGUAUCGAGACAAUCGUAGUAUUUAUUUAUUGAUGGAAUAUUGUAUUGGAGGUGAAUUGUGGAAAUUAAUCAAAGAAAGAGGUCGUUUCGAUGAAUUAACAACUCGUUAUUACUGCGCGGCUGCACUUGAAGCACUCCAAUACCUUCAUAAUCGUUCGAUUGUUUAUCGGGAUCUAAAACCAGAAAAUAUGCUUUUACAACUUAAUGGAACACCUAAAUUGACAGAUUUUGGUUUUUCGAAAAUUCUUGGUGGAAAUGGAGGAAAAACAUGGACUUUUUGUGGCACUACAGAAUAUUUGGCACCUGAAGUGAUAUUGAAUAAAGGACAUGAUACCGCAGUUGAUAUUUGGGCAUUAGGAAUUUUCUUAUACGAAUUACUAACCGGAAUGUUUUUAAAAUUCGUUCGUCAUAUUAAUUCUGUGGAUUUGUUGAACAAAAUAAUUUUCAGGCCACCGUUUACAAGUUCAAGUUCAGAAAAAAUUUACCGAACAAUACUGAUUGGUUUCGAUCAGUUAUUAUGGCCAAAAUAUAUUUCGAACGAUGUAAUCAGUUUAAUUCGUAAUUUAUGUUGUCAUAAUUUUGAACAACGUCUAGGAUAUCGAAAUAUAGAUGAAAUUCGUUCUCAUCGGUGGUUUUCAACGUUUAAUUUUGAGUCAUUUAGGAACUCGUCAAUGACACCACCAAUUGUUCCAACGGUUUAUAUUUUUUAUAAUUGCUUUUAUAAAUUAUUUUCGCAAAAAUUUUUAAGUGUUUCUUAG